AGCACACUAGCAGUGGAAUGUUCAAAUAGGCACAGGUUUGGUGUGUCAUACUAUACAAAGUUGUACCCAGAGGUAGACAUUUUCUAUUCUGUUCCUCCUGCAUUUAGUUACAAGAGCUUGUGUUAGUUCUAAUUUGGUGAUUUUUUGGGGCUUUUUUUGUUAUAAUUUAGAACUGAUAUUUUAUAUUUAAUAUGGAGUUAAAAGAGUGGUUUGAAGAGGAAAAAAAUGGUGUUACUUGCAGUGAUAAUAAAAAUUAAUUUAUUGUUUUCAAUCCCCAAUUAAUUUUUUUAUUUUCAUUCCUCAAUUAAUUUAUUAUUUUCUUUUUCUUCUUCUAUAUCUUAAGGACCCACGAUCAAUUUAUUGAUCAUUUUGGCUCCUAUGCAUGUAGAUGGGAUUUGUAAUGUUUCUGUGCCUGGUGUUGAUGAGGAAAUUUCACUGAUUUCCAGUUCCACUUUCUGAGGGAAUCAUGCCCUAGGGGUUUGAAGGCUUGAGGCAAUAGACACAAAUGUGUCUAGUGUUGUCGCCUCAACCGUUCCUUUUAAAAGAUUGUUCCAGUCCCUGAUUGUCUUGGGCAGGAAUGAGCAGCUUCUAUACUGGCUUCUUGCUGGUAUGAGCCUGAAUUGCCUGUCAUGGCCUUGUCGCUGUCUAUGGGGGAGAGGGAUGAGUUUCUGUUUAAUACUGGAACAGUGGACCAGCCCAUUAUUUAUCUUGCACAUCAUGGAGAGCCUGGAUUGUCAUCGUCGUUCCUCCAAUGGUGACUAGCCUAGUACUUUCAGCAUGCUGCCAACACUAGAGGUAUUCCUGUAGCGGUUUAGGACAAAAAGUGCUGCUCCUUGCUGGACUGCCUCCAACCUGUCAACGCUCUUCUGGGUAAAUGGGUCCCAGACUGAAGAUGCAUAAUCUAAAAUCGGACGGAUAAAGGCUUUAUAUGCUCUUUCUUUCACACAGGAGUUGCCAAUCUUUAGAUUUCGCCUUAAGAACCCUAGGGUCUUGUUUGCUUGGUUACAUACAUUGUUAAUAUGCUCGUCCCAGCGGACCUCUCUUUGAAUGGUAACACCCAGGUACUUUCCGGAGGAAACUGGCUCAAGUAAAUGGCCUUUUCAUUCCUUAAUUAAUUUAUUAUUUUCAUUCAUCAAGUAAUUUAUAUUUUCACUCCUUUUCUCCACAGUUUUAAUUUUUGAUUGACUUGUUGAUGUGAUGAUCUUCUGUUGCCACUAAAAUGUCACUCGUUGCAGGUUGGAAAAUUAAAUUUUUUUUUUUCUAACUUCUAUAAAUUGACAUAGGUUAUGUGCAGUGUUUGUCAUUCAUGAAAGUGUGGGGUGCAAAUAUAUAUUUUUGAUAUCUUAAUCACACACAAUUCAACUGGGUUGAAGCAAUUACAUUAGGUUUAAAUUAAAUGACUCCAAAAGUCAUUUUUACAAGGUUACUUUUUGAUUUGCAAUUUACAAUUUUUAAUGUGUUGACCGCAAAUUGUUGAGGGAGGAUUGGUUUUGAGUGUUACUUUUUAAAAAUAAAUAUACCAAAUGGUAUAACUGUUUUUUUUAAACUGAAAUAAUUUCUCAAAAAGGGAUUUAAAAAAAUCAACAUGCCUAAAUAUCCAUUAGAAUUACGUACUUGUUUAAGCAUUUGCCAGUCAUUUCCAAAAAAAAACAGAAUGACUUACAAUGGUUAAUGUUGUUCUCCUAUGUCUGCCACUUACCACCUUGUGAAUGGGCAUACAGUAUCAGCAUUGCAAGAAUGGAUUUCUUUCGGAGGCGAUAAUGUAUUCAAAAGUUGAUUUUUAUAGCCCAUAAUUGGCUUUGCUAGACAAGCUGUAGUGACAUUACCAUGUAAUUGUUUUAGUUAGUCUUAAACAAAAAACUGCUGUAAGUUAAUUAAUCAUUUUGUUAACUUUUAUGAAUGCACAAAAUAUUUGAUGUUGCCGUCAGAGAGCCAAACUGCUGCAGACUACCUGGAGAUUCUGCAGCGGAGACUGUGGAUGAAAGGAGAUCACUCUCAGGAUGAAGAUCUUAGUUCGAUCAUUGUUAUGCUGGAGAGCCCACUCUUUAGGCAGCUGCUCACACUUCAGGUUAGCACACUGUUAUUUUAAGUCUUGCAUUUGUGACAGUGUUAAAAAAAAAUCCACUGUGAAUUCAAGUUUUGUGUCAUUGGGUCAUCAUGUGUCAUUGGGUCAUCAUGUGUCAUUGGGUCAUCAUGUAUCAUGGGGUCAUCAUGUGACAUUGGGUCAUCAUGUGGCAUUGGGUCAUCAUGUGUCAUUGGGUCAUCAUGUGACAUUGGGUCAUCAUGUGACAUUGGGUCAUCAUGUGACAUUGGGUCAUCAUGUGGCAUUGGGUCAUCAUGUGACAUUGGGUCAUCAUGUGUCAUUGGGUCAUCAUGUGACCGAUUCAUUCUUAGUGUAUAUCAUUACACCAUCCCAUAUGAAAUAGACAGAACUGGAACAAUCAAGCUGUGUUAUCAAUACCAAUAUGUUGGAGGCUUAACUAAGAAAGGGGCUUUGACACAUGUGACUUGUCGUUUGCUGGCAGGUUUGCCAGCAGUGUCAUCACCUUGCUCUUGGAGGCCCCCUUGCCACUUUUCUGUCUUUGUUAUUUAGCUGUGCAAUUCAAAAGACUUCAUUUAAUUUUUCUUCAACAUUACAACCUAGUCAAAACUCCGGGCCCCUUAAAUAUCUGAGGACUACUGCAGCUGUGGGCAUUUCUGGUUGCGCUUUGUUUAAGAAGUGGUAAAAAAAAAUAGUUUAAAAAAUUUACAAGUAAAAAAAAAAAGACCUUGCAAUCCCAGUGUCAGGUUUAAAUUGCCUCCUAAAUGUUUUAGUUGCCCAGCUCGUCAUAACCAGAUAAGACUGCCAUGCCGCCUGGAACUAAUACAGUUCAAUGCUAGUCAAUCUUACACAACCCCAUGACCAAAUGUGUUAGCCAGGGUGCAUAUUUGUGCCUCUUAAUGUGUUCCACCAAUAUUGUAUUUAAAGUUAUUUUUUUUCUUUCACUUUUGUGAAAGAUGAAGCUGAAAUAAUUAGAAUUAAAAUUUUAGCUUAACAAGUGACAAAAGAAUUGUUUGUGAAUCUUUUGCUGUAGGAGUCCCUUCAGGAACUCGGACAUGUCUCCCAGACACACCCACUCACCGAGGACUCAUUCGACUUGACAUCCACUGGAGAGCUUAUCAUGAACGAGUCGUCCGAUGGGUUCACUCCCGAAAAUGUAGCUGACAGCUCUACAUUAAAAGUUCGAGGCAAGCCCUUCAACUAUGCAGGUAAGACAGUUACCAGGCUUAGACAGCGUGUGGUAUCCUACUUUCUAAAGAUGGUUUUAAGUUUCAUGUAUACAUUUUUUAAAGUCAAACAACUCAAGCCACGUCCAGACUGUUGUGUAUUUAAUGUUAAUGAGGUUCAAUUUACUUCCCUUCUUAAGUUACUUUACAUAUCUAGGUACUUCCGGUAUCAAGCUACUUCCCAUGUCAAGUUACUUCCCAUAUCAAGUUACUUUCCAUAUCAAGCUACUUCACAUAUCUAGUUACUUCCCGUCCCAUGUGAAGUUACGUCCAUCAAGUAUCUUCCCAUAUCAAGAAACUUCCCAUACCAAGUUACUUCCUAUAUCAAUGUGCUGCCCAUCUCAUGUUGAUUAAAAUAUUUAAAGAUACUAUAAAGACAAAGACCAAAAAUGAGAAUUUAUAAAAGGUUCACAUCCAGCAUGUCACAACAGAUCAAUAUUUGGUAAUUUACCACUUGAGCGUCGGUUAUUACAAAAUCAAGUUGUUCCAAAAUCACGUUGUUCGGUUUGAAGUGCUAUUUAAACACUUAUUCUUUUACUGAGAAGAUAAAAUUCUUUUAAUGAAUCAAGUAAAUUAAAACACUUUUGGUGACAUUAUUCAUAUUCAUUUCAGCACAAAAAAAAAAAUAAAAAUUUUAAAAUAAAAAAAUUUUAAAAAAAUAAAGUAGGAAAAAAAAUUUUUUUAACAAAAAAACGCACAAAACCCCCCCCCCCCCCCUAGAGUUUGAGUUUAUAUCAUCUCCACAAAAACGAUUGCGGAACAUGAAUUUGUUCAAAUAGGAAGGGAAAAGCUUGAGGCUUGUGCCAAAAUGUUUUUUUUCAGUUUUGGCUUUGCGUGUACCUACUUAUUUUCAAAAGCAGCUGUUUGAACAGCAGCGUCAUGAACAGCAGCGUCAUGUGGAUUGACACCAUUGUUGAUGGGCCGCAUUGGAGUGUUGGUAGUUUUCUUGUCUGAUGUGGUUUAUUUGUUUCAUACGCCGCCGAUCAGCCAGAUACAAUGCUUGAGCCUGUAAGGAUAUAUCUUUCUGUGCACUCCUGUCGUGUGAUCGUACCUCGGUCUGGCACUUCCACGAGAGAACGGCGCCCUCCACUCUCUCUUUCUAUGCCACCGAAGACCCAUUUGCUCUCUCUCUCCACUUAGCUAUUAACUGAUAUCAAUCCAAGAAUAACUGUUUAAAUAUAUGUUCAAACUGGAACAACAUGGUUUCUUAAUAAGCAACACUGAAGUGGUAGAUUACCCAAUAGUUUUCCUCAUUUUUAUUAACAUUUAAUGUUAAUAUAAACUAUUAUUUUUUUUUUCAAUGAUUAUUUUGAGAAGAAAGGGGAAUAGGGUAAAUUUUUAUAAAGUCAGUUAUCUUAACUUGGGAACAUUGAAACACCUUAGUGAAACAAACAUUUGCACAUGACAUUAUGACUAGGGGUGUGCCGGAUCCGUUUUUUCCAACCGGAUCCGGAUCCGGAUUUUCUUAUGCGAAAUCCGCCGGAUCCGGAUUCCGGUUUCUCCCGGAUUCCGGAUUUUGGUACUAUUGGUAGAUACUUCGGUAAGUCAAGGUGGACUACUACUUUUUGUGUAUGGGAAUUCGCAAUCGGCGCCAAAAAAUCCGAGUUUUUAAUUUUCCGAUGUGUGUGUCUAUUUAUUAUUAAAUUAGUACUUUCGAUAUAUAUUUGAGUUCCGUUCCAUUUGGAUAAGUGUCUUACGAGAGACGCCAUGUUUCUACGCGUUCGCAGCAGGUUAUGCAGCUCGCUCAACCUAAUUUCGCCAUGGGGUUGGCCACGCCCCCCUUUUUAAUGGCGGAAGUUGACGAUACUUAGGAAAUAUUAAUUUAUUAUCACUAUUUACAUCAAAAUAAUUGAUAACUUGUGUUUCAGAAUGCAUUUAAAGACAUUUAAACUGGAAUGUUUUAAUUUGAGCUUUAACAACCCGGUAGAAUCCAUAUUAUAAAUGAUCAGAAUUUACCGUGUGCAACACGUUGUCAUUGGCAACCAUUCACAGCCACUUGCAUAACUGUAUCGUAGUACUACCUCAGAGUUUCAUUCAUAAGAGUUUGCCGUGUGCAAAAACUAUUAAACCAUUGGUCAGGGAAAGCUUUAAUUAAUUAUUCAUGUGCCAAAGUUGAAAGUUUAAACUAAGUCUAAACAGUAUUUUAGUGAUAAGGCAGGGAAUGCGUUGCCUUAUAUAAACUAUAUAGUCAUUGCGCAUGACGGGAUUGGUGGAAUGAGAUCACAGAAUGUGGAGAUGCAGUCCAUGUUAAAAAAUGACAAACCAAGUCGUACUUUAAAAAUUCAUAACUUUAAAACUACAACAGCUAAAAAUAUGAUUUUGGUGUUAUAAUUCUUUAAAAAAUUACAUCUUUUCAACUAUGCCAUUGGUUUAUUUUUACAAAAAGUUUAAAUUUUCUUAUCAAAGUCCCUACACUAUUGGCCACUAUUAGCGGUGCUGACUCUAGCCUCUGGUAUGUACGGAAUAUUAAACAUUAAACAAGCUCAACGCUCGAAACAAUCGAUUAAUGUAUCGUGAUCGUGUGAAAUUCGGGAAAGAGAAUUACUUUUAUUUCAGAUUAUGAUCCGGUGAGUCACAAAAUCUGGCAAAUUCCGAAAUCCGGUAUAUUCCGGAUUCCGGAAUCCGGUUGUUCCGGAUACAUGUAAAUCCGGCGGAACCGGAUUUCACCGGAUAGUGCAAAAUCCGGCGGAACCGGAUUCCGGACCGGGGUCCGGCACACCCCUAAUUAUGACCAUGUCUUGUGUCUCAAUGUUACCACCAGUUCAUGGCACAUGAUAUGACAAUGUCCAGUGUCACAAUGUUACCACUAGCUGCACAUAGUACAAAUUAGAAGCUAAAAAUUCCUUGCAAUUCUGCUUAUCUAUUCCAGCACCCCAACUGUCAUCACUGGGGUACGAACCUGAAGUGGAGCGUAGUAUUCACAAAUUGGCAGCAGGCAGACCCGUCCAUGUCAUAAAGCUGGUGAAACAAGAUAACAUGUCAUUGGGAUUCUCUGUCAUAGGGAUCAGCAAGGAAUCCAAAAACGAAGAACUGGGCAUAUAUGUUAGAGACAUACAGCCUGACGGCAUUGCAGGGAGGUAA